AAUUAAGAUUGAAUAAAAUUAAAACUUCAGUUCCUCAAAUAGCCACAUUACAACUGCUGAAUACACACAUAUGGCUGUGGUUGCCCUAUUGAACCACAUGGAACGUUUCCAGCAUCGCAGAAAGUUCUGUUGGACAGCUCUGCUUGAACCCUGUUUCUUACUGACCCCAGAUUUCCCUGGGAUGCUUAUCAACAGUGCUGGCACCGGGGGAUUCCCUGGCAGUCCAGUGGUUAGGACUCUGCGCUUUCAUUGCCAAGGGGCCUGGGUUCGAUCCCUGGUCAGGGAACUAGGAUCCCACAAGCUGCGAGGCCAAAGGAAAAAAAAAAAAAAAGAAAAGCAGUGCCAGCAGCUGGGCGCGCCCCAGACCUCCGGGACCAGAAACUCCACGUCUGGCCACAUGGUCUGCAAGCACAGCAAACUCUUCAGGUCAUUUUCAGGACCUAAGUUUUAGAACCGCUCCUGAUCAGGUAUCAGACUUAGCUGGGGCCGGCAUCCCCUGGCAGGUGCGGGCCUUGAGCAGGUGUGUGGUGUGCUCACAGGCCACACGGUGUCUCAUGCACUCCUCCCCCACGUGCACACUCACCCGCAUGCACGCUCACCCGCACGCACAGCCCCCCCUCCCAUCCACACUGUGUGUUUGAACAGCUUGGGCCCUGCAAACACAACCAUCUGAACACACCUACACCCCCAGGCGCAGACUCAUGGUCCAUGCCACCCCGCCUCUGUGGGGAUGUGCUUCUCCUCAAGUGUGUCAGGCCAGGACAGCCCCUUCUAGUGAUGAAUCCUUACUCAGCUACCUCUGGUCGGCGUGGGAGCCUCACCCGAAUCCUGGGCUCUCUGCCUGUGAGCCAGCCCCAGCUCCCGGGGCCUGCCCGGCCCUGUGUGAACACAAGGUCUGGGAAAUCAAGGGCUGGAGUGUAAUAAGAGGAUUGGUGAACGAGUUCAAACCUCUGCCUUCCGCCCUUUCUUCCCAGCCCUCUCUGAAACCCAGUGUCCGCAGCUGUGAAACACGGGGCUGAGCUGAGCGAUCUUUGAGAUCCUUCUGGGUCUCUCCGUGGGAGGUGGUGAGCUGACCCUUAUGCAGAGGCAGUGCUGGGCAUCGGCUCACCUCUAUCCAGGGUCCGCUGUCCUGGCACGGCCCCAAUCAUUGGAGAUCUUUCCAACCCUCCUCACGCCCCUCCCCCGGCUUUGAAAGGCCCGGCACUGGGACAAGCAGAGACCCCAGGAGUGGCCUCAUGAAAGCAGGGGUGAGGAAGGGGCUGGCUGUCCCAGGAGGGAGAUCGGAUGGAAUCCCAAAGAGGGGAGGAAGGUCUUGACUGGAGACAGUGUGGAAGGAUCCUCCAGGGACCCUGCUGUGGGCAUGACCCUCUGGCCAAGCAGGGUCUCUGGGCACCCCCAUCACCAUGCUCUGUCUAGACCAGUGUUGUCCGACACCAGUGAUGGAACAGUCUCUAUCUGUCCAAUGUAGUAUUCACAUUGUGGACAUUAAGUAUUUAAAAUGUGGCUCAUGCAACCAAGGAACUGAAUUUUUUAUUUUAUUCAUUUGAAUUUAACUCGCCACGUAUGGCUAGUGGCUACCAUAUUGAACAUCACAGGCUAGCCCCUCCCCUCUCCCUCAGGCCCUUGGCCUCCUGCCGUCUUCCCCGGCCAAGAGCCAUCCCUCGGAUUUUACAAGACAGGCACUCCCUCUUGUUCCCUCCCUUCCUUCUCCACAUCUACCCGCUUGUGCACCUCCAGUCCCCUUCCCUCCCGAGUGAGCAGAGGAUUCCUCCCUGGAAAUCAUGCCUCCCCCAGCCUGGAGGCUGCCUCUCCUCUCUCCCGCUCCCCUCCUGCCUCCUCGCAGCCCACAUUUCCCUGCUGCUCUGCCUGCUCUCCGUUCACUGCCACCACCAUUCCAGAAAGACCAGUCUACACUUCCCUCUGGGUCCCACCCUCUACAAUUGGCCUCCAGCCCCUACCCCCACUUCUAGAUGCCCUUGCCAAGGUUACCAGCGGCGUCCUUGUUGCCAGAUGCAAGCAGACACUUCAGCCCAUAUCCUGCUCAGCCUGUCAGCCUCUGACACUGUUGGCUGAGCCCUCCUUUGUUGAAAGAUUUCCUUCCAGCAGCUCCUAGGACCCACCCUCUCCAGAUUUUCCAGUCAGCCUGGAGUGUAGGGAUAAGAUAGUUUUCAAUUGCAACUCUGUCACUGUGUGUCCUUGGGCAAGUUGCUUAACUCUCCAAGCCUCCUCUGUGAGUCAGGGAUAAUAAUAGCCUCUACUCAGGUUGGGGUAAGAUAAGAUGCAUAAAGUACCUAGCACAGAGCCUGGCACACAGUAGUGCUCUGCCCCUGCCUCUAUCCUCUCUUUCAAUGGCAGAGUCAGCUAGCUGUCCCCAGGUUCUUGGCUGGGUAUGUGGCUGCCUAGAAUGGAAGCUGCAUUUCCCAGCCUCCUCUUGCAGCUGGGUCUGGUCAUGUGACUGUUAUAGCUAAUUGGAUGUAUGUGGAAGUGUCAUGUGACGCCUUCUGGGAACUUUCCUUAAAAGAGAGCUGGUGCAGAUCCUUUGCCUUCUUCUUCUUCAUCCUUGUCUCCUUCCCACUGCCUGGAAUGUGUGCGUGAUGGCUGGAGCUCUAGCCACCAUCCUGAAUCACGAGGACAAGGGUCAAAUCCAGAAGUGGCUGGAGUAGUGAGUGGAAAGAGCCACAUCUGGGAGGUCUUUGUGGAGCACAGCUGACAUACUGUUACCCCAAAACUGGGUUCACCUUCUGGUGGGUGUUGAGCCCAAAGACACAACCAAGCCAAAGAGUGGGAGAAGGAGACACUUAUUACCUGAGGCAAGUAAGGAGAACACUGGGGAUCUUUCCCAAAGCAGUGUCUCCCCAAAUGGCAAAAUUGUGGAAGUGUUAAGCUACGGGUACAUGCAUAUUCGUGAAGAGGCUUGGGCAGUGUACGCAUCAUAGAAUUGGGGCAAAGGUUGACAGAAGCGUCAGAAAAGAUCAACAUCAUCCCUCAGGUUCUAGUUGAUCUGGUGGUUGAAGGGGGUUUAAAUUCUGCAAAACAGCUCUUUUAAGAAAGUACUUCAGGCUAAUCUGAAGUACUCAAACAGAACUGGGCGUCUUUACAACUGCUCUAUUAUCUUUGCUAUUGUUAUUUCUCCACCUGAUAACAGCUGCUUGUUCCUCCAUUCUUUUGUUCCCUUAUGAUCAUUAAUUACUGAGACCUGUUCAAGGACAAGCAUUGUGGCCAGGGUUAGAUUACAAAAACGGCUUAGGCCAAAAAUGGCUUCUCUUAUGUCAAAAUGCUACAUCUGGUUCUUUUCCUCGGGGACCCCCUACCUCAUCUGCUUACCAUACCAGCCCAGGACUGUCUUCCCUGAGGCUCUUACAUGGAAUUUCUGUUAUCUAAGUCAAAACUGAUCCUACCUGGUACAGAAAUUUUUCCCCCUAAAAGCAAGUGUUCUGUCCUCAGCCCCUGUUUAUUUGCCCUGAAGUUAUCUCAGCCUUUCCCAUGGCCCUACUAUGGGUCCCUUCGGACAACUCCCAAAACUGUCUCAAUGGCCCAGCCCUCUUUCCUGAACUCCAACCACACACAUCCAACCCCCUAAUCGCCAUAUCAAUUAAUUAUUCAUUCGACAAACAUCUUUUAAGCAACGUGUCAGGCUUUGUGCUGGAUGAAUCAGGCAUGGUCCUUGCCCUCAAGGAGCUCCCAGUCCAGAGGAGGAACAGGCAGGUAAACAGAUGCUCACUUCAAGGAAGUCCCUAAGAGGACUCGCUAACCCACUCUGGGCAGUGAGCUCAUAGGGAAGUGUGUCUGGCAGAAGGGGCAUUGAACCAAGUCCUGAAAGGAGUGAGGCAGGUGAUUAGGACUGAGGUCAUGGAGGGCCUGAUUAGAUCUAUUCUCAGGGUACUGGUGAGCCAUGGAAGAUUCCGAAGCAGGAGCUGACCAGUUGGACUUGUGUUUCUAAAAUAUUACUCUGGCCACCAGGUGGAGAAAUGCAAGUGGGUGGGGGCCGUGCGGGAGGGCAAUGAGGCUGCACGGAGCUGGGAGGCCAAUGAGGAGGCUGCUGUAGCAAUUCAGGUGCAAGAAGAUAGUGACCUGAGCCAAGGGAGGGGCAGAGAAGCAGAAAAAAGUGGGUGGAUUCCAGGGAUAUUUAAGAAGCAGCAUGGGCAGGACUUGGUGAUCUACUGGUUGGAACAGGUAAGCGGUAGGCUAUGAUGACUCCCAGGUGUCUGGCUCCAGACUGAGACAGGGACAUAAGAGGCCAGGUUUGGGGGAGUGAUAUGGGGCUCUGUCUUGGACAAGCGGUGGGGUGAGGUGCCAGAGGAUAGAUACACAAGUGUAGAAUGUAAUUGAACCAAGAGUUGAUGAGCUUGCCAGGGGAGAGGUGGGCUACCACGAAGGUCAAGACGUCCUGCCCCAGCUCGCCAUUCCUGCUGCCUGCUCCCUUCCCCAAAUGAGAAUCCGACUAUGACCCCAGCAUUCUGUUAAAACCGCUUCCCGUUUCCCCUACCCUCCACGCAGCAGAAGGCUAAACUCCUGAGUCUACCAUUCAAGGCCUUCCUCCCUGGCCCUCGGCCCGGGCCCCAUCCCUUUGCUGAUCUCGCUUCGCCCUUCCUCUAGUACUCACUGCGCCUCAUCCCCGCCCCCCACUCCGCGGGCAGGGGUGCGCUCUUGCCCCUCCCAGGCCGAGAUGUUUGGGGGACAAAGGGUUUUAUGGGGGAAGCAACCGUACCCUCCAGGUCCAGCUAAGGGGCCCAGGCCGCGGCGUGGAGGGAUUCCGGGGGACCCCAGAUAGCCUGCCGCGAGUCGAUGGGGGCGUGACGAGGCCGGUCCAGCCGCAGGGGGAGGUACCCCUACAGAGCCACCGCCCGCCGCGGCCCCUCCCUUCCAGGAGCCGGGCGGGAGUCCUGGGCUCUGAUUGGGCGGUGCCGGAGGGGGGCCGCGCGGCCAGGCCAAUGAGCGCGCGCCGAGAGCGGCGGCUGGCUGGGGAGCAAGCGCCGCUUGGAGCCCAGGGGCCGGCGGUCUGAGCUCCGUGAUCUCGGCCCUGGAUAGGCGGGCGGGGCGGGAUGCGCGCCGCGGGAGCGAGCCUGGCCGUCCUCAGGGCCGCGGAGAAUCUCGCUGGGCACCGAGGUUCCCAAUAAGGCUGCACAGAGGAACCCGCUGACUGUGGCAAUGGAGGGGGGCCCGGCGGUCUGCUGCCAGGACCCUCGGGCAGACUUGGUGGAGCGAGUGGCAGCCAUGGAUGUGGCCCACUUGGAGGAGACAGAUGGCAGCCCAGAGCCCACCAGGAACUGUGUGGACCCUUCACCACGGGCCAGAGCUGCCUCCGUGAUCCCCGGCGGUACUUCAAGAUGCCCCGCCGCCCGGCCCGGCCUCUCGGCUAGGAAGUUCUCCCUGCAGGAGCGGCCAGCGGGGAGCUGCCUGGAGGCCCAGGCUGCACCUUACGCCACAGGGCCUGCCAGCCACAUCUCCCCACGGGCAUGGCGCAGGCCCACCAUCGAAUCCCACCAUGUGGCCAUCUCGGACGCAGAGGACUGUGUGCAGCUGAACCAGUACAAGCUGCAGAGUGAGAUUGGCAAGGGUGCCUACGGUGUGGUGAGGCUGGCCUACAACGAAAGUGAAGACAGGCACUAUGCAAUGAAAGUUCUUUCCAAGAAGAAGUUACUGAAGCAGUAUGGCUUUCCACGUCGCCCUCCCCCUAGAGGGUCCCAGGCUGCCCAGGCAGGACCAGCCAAGCAGCUGCUGCCCCUGGAGCGGGUGUACCAGGAGAUUGCCAUCCUGAAGAAGCUGGACCACGUGAAUGUGGUCAAGCUGAUCGAGGUCCUGGAUGACCCAGCUGAGGACAAUCUCUAUUUGGUGUUUGACCUCCUGAGAAAGGGGCCGGUCAUGGAAGUGCCCUGCGACAAGCCCUUCCCCGAGGAGCAAGCUCGUCUCUACCUGAGGGACAUCAUCCUGGGUCUUGAGUACUUGCACUACCAGAAGAUCAUCCACAGGGACAUCAAGCCAUCCAACCUGCUCCUGGGGGACGACGGGCACGUGAAGAUCGCCGACUUCGGCGUCAGCAACCAGUUUGAGGGGAACGACGCUCGGCUGUCCAGCACGGCCGGGACCCCAGCGUUCAUGGCCCCCGAGGCCAUUUCUGAGUCCGGCCAGAGCUUCAGUGGGAAGGCCUUGGACGUGUGGGCCACAGGGAUCACGCUGUACUGCUUUGUCUACGGGAAGUGCCCAUUCAUCGAUGAUUUCAUCCUGGCCCUGCACCGCAAGAUCAAGAAUGAGGCCAUCGUGUUCCCGGAGGAGCCAAAGGUCAGCGAAGAGCUCAAGGACUUAAUCCUGAAGAUGCUAGACAAGAACCCUGAAACAAGAAUUGGGGUGCCAGACAUCAAGUCGCAUCCCUGGGUGACCAAGAAUGGGGAGGAGCCCCUUCCCUCGGAGGAGGAGCAUUGCACCGUGGUAGAGGUGACGGAGGAGGAGGUGAAGAACUCAGUCAGGCUCAUCCCCAGCUGGACCACAGUGAUCCUGGUUAAGUCCAUGCUGAGAAAGCGUUCCUUUGGGAACCCGUUUGAGCCCCAGGCGCGGAGGGAAGAGCGAUCCAUGUCUGCCCCGGGAAGCUUAUUGUCGUCAUCAGAGGAGUCUCAGCUUCCUUGUUGGUACGAUGCAGACAAUAUCGGCACCUCCUCGUGGGGCUCUUGUGAGGUGAAAUGAGGCAUUUGUGCCAAGCAUCUGACAUAGUGCUUGGUACAUAGUAAGUACUCAGCAAGUGAGACCCUUAAAAAGCAACCCAAAGACCUUUCUGCCUCUGGGGCUGCCUGAAGCCAGCCUUAGAGACCCGAAGCGCAACACGUCCUGCGUGACUGGCAUUUGCUCAUCUGCAGAGCUCCUCACCAGGUGCUACUGGAGACCAGCCGGAAGGAGAUCAAGCCAGAGGCUGCCCAUCAUGGUGAUCAGUUUUUCUAUCUGAGAAAUGGAGACCAAAGCUGCUGCUGCCUGUUUCCUGGUCGUCCUGCAAAGGUCCCAUGAGGGCUACACCAAGCCCUCUGUGGGAGGGGGUCCUGGCCGCCAGGCAGAAGUUCCCCAAACGCCACUCCCUCCCGACCCUCGCUGUCCCUCAAUUUUGGACCCACCACCUCUCGCUUCCUUACUGGUCUCUGGCUUGGUCCUCAGUGCUCCAGUCCAUCCUCUUACAAGCUGCCAGAGUGGUCUUUGGGCACCCACCGGACCACGCCCACCCCUCUCAGUGCUCAG